CUGACCAGAGAACAUUCCACUGAUUCUACAUCUACAGCUGAGAGCAAACCGUCUGCAGAGAUGUCUUUAUCUGUCCUGAAGGCCGUGGACCUCCACAGUCAAACCAACAACACUGAACAUCACACCAGUGAAAUCUCAGUGGAUCAGCUGAUCGUGAGACGAGGUCAGCCCUUCACCGUGACCCUCCACCUGACCCAGGCUUUCAACCAUGACCUUCAUCACCUGAACUUCACCGCAGAGACCGGUGAAUUUCCAUCUGAGGACCAGGGGACCAAGUCCUGCUUCGCCGUCCCGGACAACGUGCGACGUUCCUCGUCAGCGAAGGCGGUGUGGAGGGUGGAGCUUAAGAAGAGCUACCCACAGACGGCCAUAGCUCUUACCAUCACCCCCCCGUCUGACACCCCCAUAGGACAGUACAAGCUGUCUGUGAGCAACAGGCACGGAGAGUCGCUGCCGGUGACGCUGACGGUUCUCUUCAACCCCUGGUGUCCAGACGACUGGGUGUUUCUGCCUGAUGAGCGGGAACGUCAGGAGUACGUGAUGAACGAACAGGGAAUCAUCUACAGAGGAAGUGGAAGAUACAUAUCCCCUUGUUACUGGGACUAUGCACAGUUUGAGGACGACAUGGUGAAGAUCUGUAUGAAGAUGCUGGACGUGAACCGUAAACACUUGUGGGACCCAGCUGAUGAUGUCGCCGCUCGCUGUAACCCCAUCUACGUCGGGCGUGUAGUCAGCGCCAUGAUCAACUGCGCAGACGACCGUGGCGUCCUGCAGGGGAACUGGAGCGGCUCGUUUGCCGGCGGGGUCCCGCCCACUCACUGGAACGGCAGCCAUGCCAUUCUCAAAAGGUGGUACAACUCUAACUGCCGCCCGAUCAAGUACGGGCAGUGCUGGGUGUUCGCCGGAGUGAUGUGUUCAGUGAUGCGUCUGCUCGGUAUCCCCUGCCGCGUCAUCACCAACUUCCAGUCGGCUCACGACUGCAACCAGAACCUGCUGAUCGACGUUUAUCACGCCGACUACGGAGUCAGGGAGAAGAAGACCAGGGACAGUGUCUGGAACUUCCAUGUGUGGGUGGAGGGGUGGAUGAGACGUCCUGACCUGUCAGCUGAUGGGAAAUUCGACGGCUGGCAAGUUCUGGACCCGACGCCUCAGGAGAAGAGCGACGGUGUUUACUGCUGUGGUCCCGCCCCCCUCACCGCCAUCAAGAACGGACACAUGAACUCUAAAUACGACCUCCCGUUUGUCUUUGCCGAGGUGAACGCUGACUGUGUGGACUGGCUGGUCAAAGCUGACGGCUCCAAGGUGAAGAUCUACUCUGACUCAAAGAGAGUGGGUCACAGCAUCUCCACCAAGUCUGUGGGCUCCAAUCACAGGAAGGACGUCACCAACAACUACAAAUACAGAGAGGGCUCCAAGGAGGAGAGGGAGGCCUUUAAUCACGCCACCACUGGAGACUUAUCCAGAGACUUAAUCAUGCACUCAUCUGCAGUCUUACCUAGCGACUCACCCACAAACGUAACUACACCAAUGUCGAAUGGAGGGAACCAUGUGGUGGAGGAGACAGAUGAAGAAAAUCUUGACGUCAUCCUUCCUCUGCCUGUGUCCAUGAGGUUUGAGGAGGUGUCCCAGCCGAUGAACGGUAAGGAUGUGAGCCUGAACCUGGUGCUGACCAGUAAGAGCGGUGACACCAGGCCGCUGUCCGUCAACAUCAGCGUCCAGGCCAUGAGGUACAACGGCAAACCGGCCGUCAACAUCAAGACCGAGGUGAAGGAAGCUACGCUGCAGCCCGGGAAAGAUCUGUCCAUCCCGGUUCUGGUCCCCUUCUCGUUCUACCACAAACACAUGGUGCAGUGUGACAGCUUGAAGAUCUCCGCCAUCGUCACGGACAAACAGAAUCCAGACAACAAGUACCUGGCUGAGGACGACGUUGUGCUGCUGGACCCGCCCAUCUCUGUCAAAAUGUGCAGUCAGGUCAGAUUUAACCAGGAGGCGAGAGCGGAGGUGGUUUUCAUGAACCCGCUGGAGGAGACGCUGACGGACUGCACUGUGACGCUGUCAGGAAGUGGACUGGUGAGAGAGGAGCAGGAGUUCAGACUUCCAGAUUUGCAGCGAAACAGAAGAGUCCGGAUCCAGUUCCCGUUUGUUCCCUACAAGACCGGAGAGAAGACUCUGAUGGUGGACUUCAACUGCUCCGCCUUCAGGAACCUGAAGACCAGCUGCACCGUCACCGUCAGAGUCUGAAUCCUCAGGACCACAGAGUGACAGUCAGGGUUAGGGAAUCAGAGGCAGGGAUUUCAUUUUCUUUUGUUCAUAUAUGAAUGAAUCUGGUUUAAGAAACCACACACACACACACACACACACACACACACACACACACACACACACACACACACACUUUAACCUGCAUGUGGGUAAACUCUCAGCUUUAACCAAUCACAUCGCUCAACAAUAAACACACUUGUGUUUAUUGUUUGACCCAGCUGACAGGUCUGACAUCACACCUGUAGCACACAGUGGCACAGGUAGUUUCCUGUUGUUAGAUGAAGUCAGUGGUGUUAUAGCGCCUCCCUGUGGUUCAGAAAAUAAAAGACCAGAUGCUGUGUCAGCUGGACGAUGUCCUGUACAACAACAUUGUUUUAUGGUUUUAAUCUAUUGAUAAAAAACACAAAUAUAAUAUUUAUUAAAAGCCCUUUUUGUCUUUAGUAGUAAUGAUGCAAAUCAGAAAAAAAAGAAGCCACUGCUUCAAUUUCACAUGUAUUUAAUGACAUAAUUCCGUUAUCUGCUAUAUAGAUGUGUCUUAGUUGUUUUACCUUAUAACAUGAAUAUAACA